UGACAUCAGAGUCACAUGACCUGGCUAAAGAAAAAAAAUAUCAGUGGGAGCUUAGGAAGCUGACAGCUCCAGAGUGUGGAGGGUGAGGAUCGGGUGCGGGGCGUCUGAUGGGAUCGCGCGUAGCAUGACAGUGCCAUUGUUUGGUCGGUGCCGGCAGAAGAGCAUGAACUGAGGAGCUGUGGGGCUGCGCUGUACCUUCCCGACUGACGGAUCACAGAUGGGUCAAGGGCUCUGGAGAGUUGCAAGAAACCAGCAAUUUCAGCAAGGAUACAUAGAUCAGAGCUUCUUAUCUGCGGAACAUGACAGCAAUAUGAACCACCGGAGACACACCCAGGGAGGCAUCGAUCUCUACCAUCUACUAAAAGCCAGGAAAGCAAAAGAUGAACAAGGGUUUAUUAACCUUGAAAUGCUGCCACCCGAGUUAAGCCUUACUAUAUUGUCCUAUCUCAAUGCAACUGACCUGUGCCUGGCAUCCUGCGUAUGGCAAGACCUGGCUAAUGAUGAACUGCUUUGGCAAGGGUUAUGUAAAUCAACCUGGGGACACUGUUCCAUAUACAGUAAAAGACACCCGCCAGGAUUUUCGUAUCGAAAUCUCUACAUGCGCCUGGAUGAAGGAAGUUUAACCUUUAACGCUAACCCAGUUGAGGGAGUUGAAUAUUUUUUAUCCAGGGGUAUACUUGACGACGCACCAAAGGAAAUAGCAAAGUUCAUCUUUUAUACUAGAACUCUCAACUGGAAGAAGCUAAGGAUAUACCUUGAUGAAAGGAGAGAUGUAUUGGAUGAGCUUGUGACUUUGCACAACUUCAGCAAUCAAUUUCUACCAAAUGCACUGAGAGAGUUUUUCCGGCACAUACAUGCACCAGAGGAACGGGGGGAAUACCUGGAAACACUCAUUACAAAAUUUUCACACCGAUUUUGUGCUUGCAACCCUACACUAGCACGAGACCUUGGUCUCAGCCCUGAUGCGGUAUAUGUACUGUGCUAUUCUUUAAUUCUGCUUUCCAUUGAUCUCGCCAGUCCCCAUGUGAAGAACAAAAUGUCGAAGAGAGAGUUUAUCAGAAAUACACGUCGUGCUGCUCAGAAUAUUAGCGAAGAAUUUGUAGGGCACCUUUAUGACAACAUUUACCUUGUUGGCCAUGUAGCUGUGUAGAAGAUUAAAGGGGUUGUCUCAUCUCAGACACUGGUGGCAUCUCGCUAGGAUAUGCCACAAAUGACUGAUAUGUGCAGGGUCCACCUUUGGGAACUAUCUCCAGAACAGGCUCCCCAAAGUGAAGGUGAGCACACUGAGCAAGCACCCCCACCCUCCAUUCACUUCUAUGAGAGUUCUGAUAAUAGCUGAGCACUGGCUCUUCUAUUUCUGGCACUCCCAUGAAAGUGAAUGCAGAGGUGGCCAUGCAUGUACCGUGCCCUCUCCAUUCACUUCUAUGGGAGUCCCAAAAACAGGCCAGCGUGCUCGCUUGGCUAUUAUCGGAACUCCUAUAGAAGUGACAGCGUAUGGCGCAUGUGCGGUGCACCCUGCUUUGGACUCCCCAUUCUGGAGAUAGAAGCAGGUCCCAGAGGUCAUAUAGUGAUAUGCCACCAAUGUCUAGAAUGACACAACCCCUUUAAUCUCUAGCCUCUAAAACAUUAGUCAACAACUACUACUACUACAGCUCUCCAAAGCAUUGACCCAGUUGGCAAAUAUGGGGUUAUGAUAGUGCUGGUCAUUCUAACCUCUGUCUACAAUCUAAUGAUGUGUUCUGUCAUUUCUUAGCAAUCUACCUACUUGGAGAAUCAUUUUUUAUGAAUAGAUUUGCUUAUUAUGUCUUGCACCUAACCGUGCCAUUACACUGACCUAGCCAUGUAUGACUGUUAAACUGACAUUACAAUGUAGCCUUCUUCAGGGUGUUGGAUCUAAAACACUAGAUUUUCUUUUGGAGCGCAUUUACCAAUGCAUUUUUUGUUUUUUGUUUUUUUUAAUAUCUUGUAAUUUGUACAUACUAAACUAAAGAGAUUUAUAAUCAUAAUAUAAAU